AUGUGUGCUCGAUAUUGCCUGAAUAUAGUCUUCAGAAUAGCUUGCCCUGAAGAAGAUCUUGCAUGUGCUGAAGGAUGGUUUACAUACCAUCCGAGCCAAGUGUUUAGAUUGUUACAGCUGCUGCGCCUCAUAUAUGUCAGGACAGAGAUCCCUUUUGACUCGAAGGAGAUUGGCACAGAAGUUGUACAGCUCUUGUACUUGCUUUACAAAAGAUUUCGUGAUAUUAACAAGGAAUUAGCAAUUCUUGCAUUGAAGACGCUUUCAAAUGUUGCUCUCAAUAAUCCAUCGUAUGCGAUCUCAAUCUUCACAUCAGAAUGGUUACCUCUUCUCGCUUCUAUGGUUGUGCACGGGAGAACUCUGGAGGAAAGAUUGAUCUCUCAUAAGAUUUGCCAGAAUGCUUUGAGUACUUUGGGUGCUGUUGACUACCAGUUACGAUCUGACAUCUACGAAUUAUUCUUGCCAGACAAAGAACCAUUGGUCGAUAUUGUUUUGAUUCAUGGUUUACGAGGUGGUGUUGCUUAUACUUGGCGUCAGAAGGAUCACUCCAGUAACGUUGUGUCCAACUGCUGGCCGAAGGACUGGUUACAUUUGGACAUAGCGGAGCCGAUGCGAAUUCUUGGCUUAGAUUAUCCAUCGUAUCUCAUGCAUUUCACAGGAACGAUGGAGAGCUUGGAGGUUAGAGCCAAUCGCUUCGAACAUCAGCUCCAAGCUGCAGGAGUUGGUAAAAGGCCCAUAAUAUUCAUAUGCCACAGCCUUGGUGGUUUGCUAGCUAAACGCCUGCUUUUGGAUCUUCCGAAUCUAGCCGCUAAAACGGUUGGCAUACUAUUCAUUGCGACGCCUCAUCGUGGGUCUCCGAUAGCGGCUUGGGGUUAUUCUAUAUUGCAUCCUUCUCAAGACGUGUUGCUACUAUUUGAGGAGAAUGCCGUGAACAAAAAGCUAAACGAGGAUUUCGUUUCGAUCAGUGAUAAAGUGCCCGUGAUUGUAAGCAUGGUCGAAACAAAGCUAUCAAAUCUUAUCGGUAGGGCCAGAGGUAUAGUCGUUCCGACACAGUCUGCCGUAUAUGAAAGGGGUGCCGUUUAUCACAUAGAGGAGGCGCAUCAUAAUGUAUGCAAGCCAUCCGAACGUUCUAGUCCAGCAUAUGGUGUCGUUUUGAAUUUCAUCCGUGACUCGAUACAAGAGGCUAAAAAGAUGAAGAACGUCAAGUAA